AUGGAGAACGAAUUCAGCCGCAUCGACCUCACUUGCUCUGCCGAGUCGCUGAUCCCCUCAGGCCCCGGGUACGACGACAUCAACCACCAGGUCUGCACGCUCGCUGGUUCCACCCCCGGCACCACCCUUGUCGAUGGCUCCCAGUACAUUGCGCAGGGCUUCUCGUACUUCAAGGGGGACAUGUGGCGCAACUUUGGCAUCAUCGUCGCUCUCAUCGUCGGAUUCCUCAUCCUCAACGUUCUUCUCGGCGAGAUUGUCAACUUUGGCGCUGGCGGUAACUCGGCCAAGGUGUACCAGAAGCCCAAUGCGGAGCGCAAGAAAGCUCAACGAGGCGCUCCUCGCGAAAGGGAAAGGAAAAGGCCAAGGGCCCAAAAAGGGACCUCCUGA